GCGGACGCGACCGCCGUCGUCUGCUGCGGGCGCGACGGCUGCGCGAAUCGGUGCGGCGUAUAUGCGGGUCGCGAUUACGGUGCGCGAGUCCCGCUACAGGCUCCUCCGGGGGAAGAUAGAUGACGGAAAGAGAGAAACGAGAGGAAAAAAAUAAAAAGAGAGAAAUGAACGCCCGGUGCGAUUCGUGAACGCGCGCGAUGUGCCCGACGCGUCGUCGCCGUUGCGGGGAUGAUGGAGGCCGAGGUCAGAGUGUCCCGUAGACUCGGUUCGAUCGGGUUCGAGCGACCCGGUUUGUUAUGGAUCUCGGGGCGUGAAUGACGUGUCGGCGUGCGUACACAAACAGCCGUCACGACGAGUCAGCCAGCGAGUGAGUCAGUAUUAAAACCUCCGAACGCGCUCUCGAAUCCGCAGUAUUCGUAGCUCGUCGUUAUCCGGCCGAACGAUGAAUCGAGACGCGUAUAUAAUACGCAGGCGGACGCACGAAGCGCGAGGAGGACAUCCGGUUUGAUUCGGCCGGCCGAGAUGCCGAAUGGAAAGCGACGCGGUCGUUCGACGUAGCUCGACGUCGAGCGGAUCCUAUCUCGCGAAGGAAAGAGGGGAAGAAUCGCGCCGGUGGAACGUGCGGAUCUCAACAGAUACGUUGAACUUCUCUCCCGAGGUUCUCUCGCGGGGUUACAUGAUGUCUCUAUCUUACUCUUUCUUUCCUCUCUCUUUCUCUCUGCCUCCCUUUCCUGUUUGAUUCUAGUCCAAAAGUAAGACUCGCUCGUUGACGAGCCAAGUGCAAUUAUUUGGCAUCACCAUAGGUUUUUCCUUCCACAUACGACUAAACGUCGGCCUCGAUGGGAAGCGAAAUUGAUUGAUCCAAAGCAUUAUGAGGAAUAUCUAUGGAACACGUCGCGACUUCAAUACCGCGGGAUCUAGAGAUAUAUUGGACGUACUUCACUUCGCACGGCUGCACAAACGGAAGAGAUCAUACGUGUUAAUCAACACUUCUUAUUCGUCGACAGCUCGCUGAUGACUUGAGAUAAAAAAGGAAGGAUAUUUUUGAAAAUUUUUCUAUAAUAUUUUUUUAUGCGUAUCGCGAAUGUAGUACGAUAGAGGAAUUUAUUUAUAAGCUGCGAUGGGAGAUGUGAUCUCGUAAUAUUGAAGCGCGAGACCCUACCCCGAGGGAAGGUGCGAUAUCAGGAUUAUACGUCUGCCCCGUGCUGGAUGCACCAGCCGCGGGUAUUAUGGAGCAGAGCGACGGGAAUGACGUCUCUAAGGUAGAGGUUUCCCCGAAAUCGAAGCAGAAGAAGAAGUCCCUCUGUCGCAUGCUCAUGAACAAGAAGACCAAGGUCGGCUGCCUGGAGUCUUCGUUCAGGGAUGGGGAUUCGAAUAAGAAUUCCAAGAUAGAGAACUCGCAGCACGGCUCUCAGACCAGCACCAAACUGUCCCUGUGUUGCGCCAUGACCGAACGUAGCAGAACACCACCCCAGAGUCUGACCGUUAGUAGACUUUCCCCAACGACGCUGAGUCGCACCUCGGUCAAAUCUGAGAUAGCCUCCAUCAAUGGGGAUCAUCAAGCGGAUGUGCUGGUCGAGAAGGAAGAGACGCAGGCUGCGAGCGUUCAAACAUCUCAGACGUCUCAGGAGUGGACUUGCGUAAUCAAAAGGAGUAACGUAGCGAUGGGGAAGGAACAGCGUCAUAGUACUUAUAUAGAAGGAGAUAUUUCGUCUGGGGGAGAGGAACAAAGUAGUAUGAAUUGGUCAGAUUCGCGAGAAAAUUGUAAGAACGUAGCUACCGCAAAAAGUGAAAGUUCCAGGUCUCCUGAUAUAGACGACGACAAAGGUGAAAGGAGUAACGUUAUUAAAACUGAGCAGGGGGGUUCCAAAUUAGGAUCGGAUAGACAUAUGAGCACAAAAAUUGCUUUUAUGAAACAAGAUAAGGACAUAGGCGUAAGUUCAUCCGUUGGAGAUACCGAGAAGGUGCGGCUCGAUAAUGAAACGAAUGAUUACGGUACUGAGUCUAAGAACGCAUUAUUAAUACCUAUCACUAAUAACGUUGAUGUUACGUCCGACACGCGGAAAUUUUUAAUAAAACAAACAAAGGCGAUUUCUCAAGAGAGUAGUGAAGACAGUGACUUCUCUGCAGACUCAACGGAAGACUCGUUCGAAGAAUCUUCAGAAGAUGAAAACGAACAUCUGAUUGAGUCUGAAAGAACUCAGAGAUACAUUAAGGAUGAGUACUUUACAAAGGGGAAAUAUAUCACUUAUUUCUUCCUGGAAAUGGAACGGCAGUUCUACAAUCCUACCGAAGUUUACAGUAUGGUUCACUAUCAUGAAAACGAUUGCGAAAAGCCCGGGAAAGAAGGUGAAUAUUCUUCUUCCGGAUCGUUAUCGCCUAGUAUAUCGGGCCAAUUACGCCGUAGAUUACUUCACAGACGAUCCGCGGAUAAUUUGAUUGUGAACUCACCUACAAACUCUAUGAGGCAUUCUAGUCCAGACUCAAUUAAAAGCGCACCGAUUCAGCAUAAGCCACGCUCAACGUCGCACGAUGCUCUGUCCAAAAAGAAAGAUCGUUACUUUUUUCAAACGACAGGAGUGUCUAUGGAUAGCCUGGCAAAGCAAUCAUUGCUCGCUGCACAAGUACUUAAUUUAAUCCCUACUCAGAAGGCACGGGAAAGGAAUUUUCUUCACGGAAGAAUUGCCGCCAAUUCUUUACUCGGACCAGUGGAGCUUGAGAAAGUAUUGCCUAAUCGAGAAUUGAAAAUUUUCGUCGGCACGUGGAACAUGAACGGUCAGACUCCGCCGAAGGAAUUGAAUGAUUUUAUGUUGCCAUCACACAUAGAGACUGUUCCGGACUUGUUAGCUAUAGGAACUCAAGAAUCCUGUUCCGAACGAACCGAGUGGGAAGCAGCAUUGCAGGAAACCCUCGGUCCUUCGCACGUGCUAUUAACUAGCACUAAUCUCGGUACACUUCAUCUCGCGUUAUUUAUAAGACGAGAUUUGAUCUGGUUCUGCUCCAUUGCGGAGGAGGAUAGUUUUUCGACGAGACCGGGAACGGCUUUCAGAACAAAGGGCGCUGUGGCUAUAGCUCUCAUGAUAUUCGGCACCAGUUUUCUCUUUGUCACCGCUCAUUUGACCGCACAUCAAGAUAAAGUGAAGGAACGGGUCAACGAUAUAAAAAGGAUCGUUAGAAAUCUUGACCUACCCAAGGAACUACCCAUCAGACAAAAGAGCAAAGAUGUUACACAAAAUUUUGAUUGUGUGUUUUGGUGUGGCGAUCUGAACUUCCGUUUAGCUCAGCCGAGGGAGGAAGUGAUCCAAUGGAUUACAAAUACAUGCUUUCCGCAAGAGUCACCGAUAAACAUGCACAAAGACCAGUUGAGAAAUAUCCUGAACGAAGGCGCGGUAUUACGUGGUUUCGAAGAAGCCCCGAUUAUGUUUCCUCCUACUUACAAAUACGAUCCGGGAACGCAUAAUUUUGAUUCCAGUAGUAAGCAACGCACUCCUGCGUACACCGACAGAAUUCUCUUCAGGGGAAAAGGACACGCUAGGGGAUACAUCAGACGUGUCAGUCAUGAGAAUUCUACUUCCAGUAAGGACGGAGUUAUAGAAUGCUUGGUAUAUGAUUCUGUCCCCAGUAUCUGCACCUCGGAUCAUAAACCGGUCUGGGGAGUUUUUAAAACCAUAUUGAGGCCAGGUAUCGACACAAUUCCGCUUGGUGCUGGGCUUUUCAAUCGUGAGAUAUACCUGGAAGGUAUCAGAAGACGUGCGGCGGCGAUGGAUGAUUCUCUUGGAACUUCAAAAGUUUGUUCGAUUCAAUAAAGAAAUUCGAGGCUAUUACAAGCGUGUUAGCACGAUGGGUAAUGUAUUAAUAGAUAAAAAUUUAAUUUUUUUAGUACGGCAAGACGAAAGAAUGAUAUCGUUCUGAUAGAUGCCGACGAUUUCUUUUGUACGAUUUAUGUACUCGCUAAGUCUGUCCAUUUUUUAUAGCGGUGAUGGGAAACACUUUUUUAGUAAGAUUUGUAUGAUAGAUUACUAUUACCAGUGAACACCGUAAAAAUCUAGUCAAGCAGUGAAACAAAUUGCUACCAAAUUUAGUGACCUAGGUGAGAAUAAAGAUUUUAUAAAUGUACUGUCGGUGUAUCUCCGACAUUCGUAUUGUGCCACACAUAUUCUAGAAAAAUAAAGUUUUUAGGCUCUAAUGUGAUUGAUAUCACAUUUUUGCCCCAAAAAU